AUGAGAGCAUGACAGAGUAAAAGGUUUCUUUCCAGACAGCAACAAUGAAAAUAAGAAGAAUUAGAAUAUAGUUUUAAUAAUGUGAUCAUUAUACUAUUCUAUCAUUUUCUCUUUCUCUUCUUUUCGUGCCGCCCCACACUCUCUUUUUUGUCAAAAACCAUCAAAAGAUCAAACAUCCAAUGUCAUAACACACACAUUCAGCUCCUUUUACCAAUGUUUUGUCUCAUAAACAUACAAAAAAACAGAGGAUUUUCACAUACCCUUUGAUUUAUCUUGGUUCCACAAUCAUAACUGGGAUUGGAUUUAUCAUUGUGGGUCUGUGUGAUUGAUUCAUUGGUGGUGAGGUAAGUUUAAGCUUAAUUUAUUGAUAAAUUUCAAAACUUUCUUAUUUUAGCUUUUCUUACUUUUGAUCACGGAUCACUGGAUCUUAUUUAGGGUACCCUUUUGUUUGUUUAUGGUUGAUGAAUCAGGUUUUAACUAGGAGAGAGUUAUCAAAAGUGAGGGAGAUGGGAUCAAUGAUUGAAAUUGGAAUCAAAAUUAGGAAAGUUGUUUUCAUUUCAAUCAGAGGGGUUUACAGAUCAGCUUGCAAUCAUCCAUUUCUUUUAGGUUUUUUAGGUUUCUUGCUGUUUUUGUACAGAUAUUUUCCUGUUCUGUUUUCUGUUUUGGUUUCUGCAUCUCCUGUUUUGGUUUGCACUGCUCUUUUGCUCGGGACCCUUCUUAGUUUUGGUCAGUCAAAUGUGCCUGAGUUUGAAAAGGAAGAGAGAGUUACUCGUGACAUUUCGUCUUACCAAGCUGGAUUUUCGGAGGGUGAAACUGUUGUUUCUGAUAGAGAUGAGAGCUAUUUUGUGAGAGGGUAUUCGGAGCAUAGGAGUGACGUUGAAGAGAGUGGCAUUGAAGAAGCCAGUUUGGCGGGUGAGAAAGAUGAUAGGACUGAGGAGGAUCGUGGUUUGAGUUAUGACUCUGCGUUGGAUGACGAAAUCUUGCAGGAAAAUCAACCUGAGAAUCAAGUAAAAGAGGAUGUGGAAAGGGAAUUCCCUAGUAUUGAGUUGGGAAAGAGCACAGAAGUUCAUGACGGGAACCUCGCAUCUGAAGUUGUUUCAAGUGAUGAUGAGGAAGCUAUUGAGAAACAGUAUGUCAUGGUUCAAAAAGAUGAUGAUGAUAAUUUUGAAAUUGAGAAUGGGAAAGUUCCGGGAGGCGGGUAUACUUCUCUUAAGGAAGGUGAUGCGGAUUGUUCGCCCAGUUCAUCUUGGAAACAUGUGGAGAAGGAGAACAGCUCUGAUGAGGACAACUCUGAGGAUUCAGGGUCUUCUAGGGCAGAGAGUUCUUCGCCAGAUGCUUCCAUGGCUGACAUCAUUCCGAUGCUUGAUGAGCUCCACCCACUUUUAGACCUAGAUGCCCCACAACCUGCUCAUUUAUCCCGUGAUGGUUCUCAUGCUGCAUCUGAGAAAUCUCAGAAAAGUAGUGACGACGACGAUGACGAUGAUGACAGUGUCGAAUCAGAUGAAGAUAUUGAAAACCAUGGUGAAGCGGACGAGGAUGGUGUUGACGAAGAGGAAGAAGAAAUGGUGGGUAGCAAAGAGGAUGAAAGUAAAUCUGCUAUCAAGUGGACAGAGGAUGACCAAAAGAAUCUUACAGAUCUGGGAACUUUGGAGCUUGAAAGGAACCGACGAUUGGAAAAUCUUAUUGCUAGGAGAAUGGCAAGGAGAUUCAUGACCGAAAAGAAUCUAAUAGACUUAGAUAGUACCGAUGUUCCCAGUAAUGUUGCGCCUAUUUCUGUUAGACGCAACAACCCUUUUGAUUUCCCUGAUGAAUCCUAUGCGGGCAUGGGAUUACCACCCAUUCCUGGAUCCGCUCCAUCAAUUCUACAGCCUAGACGAAACCCUUUUGACAUUCCAUAUGAUCCAAAUGAAGAAAAACCUGAUCUUAAAGGGGACAGUUUUCAACAAGAGUUCACACAUUAUAAUCAAAAAGAAGCAUUUUUUCGGAGGCAUGAAAGUUUCAACGUUGGACCAUCAUUAUUUGGGAUAUCCAGGCAAGAGAGGCAUAAUAUUAAUUGGAAGCCUGUCUUUAUAUCUGAAAGGAUGGCUUCGGAAGGUACAAGCUAUUUCCAGAGGCAAUCUAGUGAUGUAAGUGAUUCAAAGUUGAGUUCUGUUCCAGAUACUGAAUCGGCGAGUUCAGGUGAUCAGGAUGAGAGGAAAUUCAGUGAACAAGAGUUGUCUCCAGAGACUGAAUUAGUAUCUAAUGUGGAUCACAUUUCUGAUGAGGCUGAUCAUAGAAGCCUAUCCUCUGAAGAAAAUGAAUCCGUGGAGAUGAUAGAGGCUGAGGAGAGCAAUGUUUGCCGUAAUGAAGAUGAAAUAGUGCUCGGAGGGGUAGAAAAUCCUUCUGCGAUGGAAUUUUAUGCAACAAGAGAGCUUGAAAUUGACGAGCAAUUCCAUGAUGGGGAAACAAGUUUGAGAAGAGAACCAAGUGUUGAGGUGAGCAGCAGCAGCAGAUCGAGCCAGUCUUAUCAAUCAGAAGUGAUUGACGACAUGCCUGGCGACGAACCCAAAAAAACUGCAAAUUUGCAGCAUGAAGAUGGUCACCUCCCAGAAUCGAGAAUUUCAACCCAAACUUCAGUGGAGGAAUCGAGAAUUUCAACCCAAUCUUCAGUGGAGGAAUCAAGCUUCCGGCAUAUGCAUAGUGAGGUGGAAGACACCCGACUAGUAGAAGUAGAACCAGUUUAUGAUUCUAGUCCACCGGCAGCAGAAAAGCUCAUAUCUUUUUCUUCUGUGUCUUCUGAUUCAGCAGAAGAGUUCUCCAAGACGGCAGUGCCUACUGUUUCAGUCGAUACUACUGUUGAUGUAGCUGAUAAAGAGUCUGAGGCACACAAUGACAGACUGGAGGAUAAUUCUUCUGGUCACGAGAAAACUCAAUCAGCCUCUUCCGAACUGCGUGUGGAAGUCAAAAAUGAAACGGGGUCCGAGAAAUCUGAAGAUAUAGAUCAGCACAAUGUUACCGCAGAGGAGUUACCUGCAGUUAUACCAAAUUUUGCUGAUCAAAAUGGACCGACAAUAGCCGAGUUUCCUGUCAAUCCAAACUUUUCUCCGGAUAUUGGAUCAGAAAAGGGUGUAACCGGUUCAGGCUUGAUUCAUGAACGGGAUAUAGGAAACCACAUACUUGCUGAUUCUGAAAUGCUUCAUCAAGACAAUGUAGAGUCUCCAGAUUCAAAUUAUCAACUGGCUUCUGAAGAUACACUGCCCAAUGAAGCAUCUAGAUUAGAUAAUGAAGAUAUGUCUGUUUCAGUCCAAGGUGAAGAUGAUAAUGUCUUGUUAUCAAGUUCCAUGGAGCAAGGUAACACCAAUAUCCAUCAAGAUUUGGACAAGAAUAUGGUUUCUAUCACUUCUGAUAACCAACAUGAAACUGAUGUCAAGUCUCCCUCCGACAUGGAGAAUCAUCUGUCAAGCUCUGAUAAAAUGGUGGAUGCACAAUCUUCCAGCGAUCAUAAUGAAAACCAGAGUUCUGAUGAUAUUAAGGUAGAACAUUCACAGGAUGCUGGCACUUCCAAAGAUGAAAUUGGAGAGUUGCAUGACACCUUAUUUCAAACUCCUGGUAUUAUCUCUUCUGUGACUUCUGAAUAUUUUGACACCCCUGAAUUACGUUCACCAACUGGUGAAGUGGAUUUGGAAAUUUAUAAGCGUCGUGUGGAAGUUGCGAAUGAAGACCAAAAUGAAGCACGCCAAAACUUAGUUCCUUCAGCAGAGGGCUUCAUGUCUCCGGACUCUGAAGAACAUUUCAAUGAAUUUGAAUAUGUUAAUGAAAUUGACGAGGAAUUCUUGUCAGAAUUGGAUACAGUUGGGGAUUUUAGUGUUGGUGAUGCUGGUGUAUCACAUCAUACUGACAUUGUCCACAAUGAAACUAGAGAUGCUCAACUUAGUUCACUGCAUGAGGAUGUAAAGACAGCAGAGGUUGAGCAGGACAAUGACAUACCAGUUCUUGAAGAAAGAUCACUUGAAGAUAUUGACACAGGUUUUAAGCAACUUCGAGAAGGAGAUGAUGUUAGUGAUGUCAUCCUUCCGAGUACAAUUAAGGAUCAGCUUGUUGGUGAAGAAUCUAAAGAUCAUGUGGAAGUUAAUGAAGCCAGAUCCCUGGAAUAUACUGAUGUUGCUUCAGGGAAAAUCUUGAAAGAUAAUCAAGGGGAGCUGCCAGAUAAAUUGGAUACAGAAGGUGCUUCAGUCAAAAUAGAAGAAAGCAAAGUUGUCCCGGCAAAGUUGAAUGAAUCCUUUGAUGUAUCAACCAGUGUUGAAGAAGUGAGCAGAUCUUCAGUUGAUAAACCGGAAACUGUAUCCAGUAGCAAAAUCUCACAGUAGGAAAUCUAGUUCUAGUUCCAGUUCGAGCUCUAUCAAUUCUGAUUGAUACCAAGAGAGGUCAUUUUGAGCGAGACGAAAAAGUUGUAAGUUUUUUAUUUAUGUUGUUUUACGGUUUUUGUCUUUGGCAAUGGGAAUUUGAGUUUGUAGCCUCGGCAGCGACAUGUCUUGGCUAAUGGUAGUUAGGUCGGAUUUCUAUAAUUUUGAUGGAUUGGUUUCUUCAAGAAUGAGUUUUGGUUUUAUUUCUUGAAGCUUGCAGCUUUUUGGUUAAAUUUUACCCUUCGGUGUGGCCAAUUUGGUAUAUAUAUAGGGUGAGAGGUUAUUUUCAACAGUGUUGCCCCUUGUGUAAUCCAAAAGAAAAUGGAUUUUUGUACAUUACAAUUUGAUUGUAGAAAUGGUGAUUGAAUUUGUUUCUAUGUAUAUACCAAACAGUUGUUUCCGGGCUC